AUGAAGAUUCUCGCGUUCGUCGCACUCACAUUCGCGGCGGUCGUGGCAGUACAGCAGCAACCGCCGGGGAUAUCACAACCGAUCGUGGAAGAUUGUGGGUUCGGCGGCUCGGUGGUGUGUGUGAACAGAUAUGCAGCCGUGCUCCCCUACCACUUCAACCGGUCAAUCACGUCCCUAGCGGCGGACUAUGACUUCCGCAACACGAGCGUGCCCAGCGCACCGAGCUUCUCCCUCCUGGAGAACGCGAGCUUCGUCGUCUUCGACCGCGCCCGCGGCCUGCAGUAUCUCGGGUCCAACCCGGCGUACGAGUUCAUGUUCGCAGUCGGAGACAAUGUGCACGAAGCACCCGUCUACGUGCCGGAGCUGAACAAGCUGUUCAUGUCGCAGCUCCCGCCCGUCGUAGCUCCCAUCUCCACCAUGUCGCAAUACCUUCCGCAGCUAGUGAUCGAUCUGAACCGCCAACCGCUCGCCCUGGAAGAAUACAUCACCGAACCCCCCAUCUUUGCUCCCAACGGCGGCGUCUACCACGACGGCCGCAUCAUCUGGGCCUCGAGCGGCGGGUUCAACAGCUCAGUGCUCAACGGCACGGAGCAGCGCAUCGCCCUCCACGCCGUGGACCCGACGACCAACGUCUCCACCGUGCUCCUGAACAACUACUUCGGCUUCUACUUCAACAACAUGGAUGACGUGGCCGUACAUCCUACGUCCGGGGACCUCUUCUUCACAGACCCAGACUACCCGUGGUUCAACGGGCGGGUGGACACGGCGCCCCAGCUCCCCACGGCGAGUUACCGCUUCAACCCGGCCACGGGGGCGACGUUCCUGGUCGAAGACACCAUCGACCAGCCCAACGGCAUUGCGUUCUCGCCCGACGGGUCCACGUUGUAUAUUACCGAAACGGGCGCUCUGACAGGGAGUAUCGACCCGGCGGUGGGGCCAGGGACGAAACACUACAACACCACGGGCAGGCGGUCGAUCUACGCGUUCGACGUGGCUGAGAAUGGCACCAAGAUCAGUAACAAGCGCGCCUUCUACCUGGCGCAGGAUUACAUCCCGGAUGGGCUGAAGGUCAGUCGCGAGGGCCUGGUGCUCACGGCGACGGGACAUGGCGUCGACGUGCUGGAUCCGACGGGGCAGCUGGUGGUCCGCGUGCAGACGAACCAUUCGGUGCAGAAUGUCCAGUUCACGGGCGAGAGGCUGGAUACGCUGUGGAUGUUGGGCAACAAGGGUAUCAGCAGGGUGCAUUGGAACAUUACGGGGCAGGUACCCAGGUAG